AUGCCUCAGAAUCUAAUUCCUGAUCUUUCACUGCACAUUAGCCUCCCAAACAGUGCUCCAUCUUCAAUUUGCACAAAUGAAAGGGAUGAUGAUUCAGCCUUUGAUAUAUGGAGAUCUUCAGCUGAAGAAGAAGGUGAAUAUGGCUUCAAAUCUCACAGUGAUGGUUCAAUCAAAGGUAGCAGUAACAUAGAGCUGAGUCUAGGGAACCCCACAAGUACUACUCCCUCUGAAGCUGAGAGCCCCUGGAGGAGAAGUAGAAACUUUGUUAGAGCAACACAAGAGAGGCAAACAACAACAAAUCAUGGUGAGGUUUCAGAGGGUGUAAGAAGAGUUAUAACAACACCCUUCAAUGGAAUCCCUUUUUAUAAUAGUAACAAUUCCUCAACAGAGAGGGUUUCUUCUCUCUAUGCACCACUUCCAUUACCAUACCCUUCUUGUUCCCCCAAUAAUGAUGCUACUGUUGGGGGUGUAAGU